CCCCCACCCCGUCUACCUGUGUACCGAUUGUGAAGCUGUGACUCUCCGUCCCGCCCCGCUCUCCAGGGAACAAAACACAGAGAGUGUGGAAAACAGGAAAUGGUCAGAAAAACGGAGCUUUUCACAAGUGAACACUUUCUCCCACAGGUUACUAACAAAAGUGUAACGAGCAAAACAUGUGGAAGAUCAGCUUCUUCAUUACAGCAGCCAUAUUGCAAGUGCACAUUUUGUGGCUCUUUUUUCCUUCUGCAUCAAGCCAAAUAACUACGGUUAUCUUAAGCAAUGAUACCAAGGCAAUCAGCCCUUCUCCUGGAAUCACACUGCAGGGGAUAAACAAUACAGGAGCAGGAAACAGCAGGACCUCUUCCUAUUUUUCUUCUGCCACUCCAGCCUUGAAUAACACAAGACCAUCAACUGAAGCAACAACAACAACUGGAGCUUCACUGCAAAAUGUCACGUCACUAAGUCAGCCAAACAUUUCCACCACGGUGAACAAUGGCAGCCAGGAUCACACAGGCCUCCCGUUAUCUACUGUUCAGAGUAAUUACUCCAUUGCCACCUCUACCAUGAACACUACAAGACCGACUAAGAAUCCAAUUGCAACAUCUAAACCGUUCACUCCACCACAGAGCAUGACUUCUCUGUCCAGUCAUACCUCAGCCCAGUCCACAUCUAAUAAUAAUAAUGUUGUCGGAUGGUCUGGCUUGAGCCACUCAGAAAUGGUGAUUACUGUCUGUGUCAGCAUCAUCCUCACAGUGUCUGUGCUAGUUCUUUUAAUGUAUUCAUUAAAUAAGUGUAAGAAAAAGAGAACUCAGUAUUCACACAGACCUCUACACAACUUUACAGAUGAAACAGCUGACCGCUAUCAUGCUCCUGAUGAUACCCUGGUAAUCUCAGGAGGUCUGUAUGAUGGGCCGCGGAUCUAUAACCCAAACAUGUCAAUCUUGGAGGAAGAAGAUGACAUUCAUGUAGACAAUCAAGCAUUUGGAUCAAAACCUACCCAGUUCAAGUUAGAGUUCCUGCCAGAAGAACAAGAGAGACAUGGAAACACAGGAAUCCCUGCUUUUGAAACAUUUCAAAGUCCAAGUGUCAUUUCCUGAUUAGUAAGAAACACAAAAAUGGGUGUUGCAUGUAAGAGUUCAAAAGAUUAAGUAACAGAGUCAUUUGCUAACUCUGUGAGGCAACUGGAAGUACUGCAGUUAUGCUUGUCUUCAUGAUUAUACAAAACAUGCCAUAUUUUACUUUAUGAUUAAGCAUAAAUUGUGUAGAGUCUGUGACAUAAACUUUAAAGCCAUCAUCUCUAUGUUUAAGCUUUAUCUUUCAGCAAACUUUAAAAAUACAUAUUUUACGUUCAAUGCCUUUUUUCAAAAAUAGGUGUCAAAUUUAAAUGGAACCUUGACCUAAAAGAUGUUCAGUGUUAUGAAACACUCGGGUAGAAGCUGUUUCUAAUCUAAAUACUUUUUUAUGU